AUGGCAGACUCCACUUCACAAUCGACGCCCGCACCAAUAGUAACAACAGACAAAUGCAUCAUACGUGCAUACGCGCCAAGCGACGCCGAGGGCGCGGUGGCGGCAGCCAACUAUCCAGAGCUUGUACAAUACAUGCGCAAUACCUUCCCCCAUCCCUAUACGCUAGACAGCGCCAACUACUGGAUCAACCUUUGCCUAAACAGCGACCCCAUGGUGAACUUCGGCAUCUUCACGCCCGAAGGCAUCUUCGCCGGCGGCAUCGGGCUGACCCCCUAUAAAGACAUCGAGUAUCGUACGUGGGAGAUCGGGUACUGGGUCGGAAAGGACUUCUGGGGGAAGGGUAUUGCAACGAGUGCUCUCAAGGCGUUUUCCGUCUGGGCUUUCGAGCGGUUCCCAGAACUGAUAAGGAUUGAGGCUGUGGUUUUUAUCGAGAAUAUUGCGAGUCAGAAAGUUUUAGAGAGAGUUGGUUAUACUAAAGAGGGAAUACGGCGACAGGCCGUCUGCAAGAAGGAAAAGAUUAUGGACCAAGUGAUGUAUAGUUUACUUCGGGACGACCUUAGGGAUUUAUCGUGA